UGCUGCUGAUUCCAUUGCGUCACAGCAGAAACUCCCAAGAGGUUUUGCUUUUUAAAGGGAGUGGCCAGAGAAGGCCUUCUUCAGAAGGUUUAGGCAGAGAUCUGAAGACGAUGAAGAAAUGAGCCAUUUACUGGGGAAAGAGCAUUCCAGGCAGAGGAAGUAACAAGUACCAAAGCCCUGAAAAGGGCGCACACUUGGUGCACUGCAGAAACUUCAAAGGAGACCACUGCAGCUGGAGGAGAUGAAGGGAUUGGGUGGCCAGAUCAUGUGUGGCCAGGCAGUGAAUUAAGAGAAUAUGUAAUUCAAUAAAAAUUCAAAAGAUGGAACAGAGAGAGAGAAUAGCAUUAGUCUGUGUUUUAGGGAGUGGUCGAAGGUCAAGGCAGUCUUUUUUUUUGUUUGGUUUUUAAAGAUGGUUUACACUAACUAAGGACAUGAUCCUCAUCUGAACCACAGAAUGUAUGCGCCAAGCUUGAAAGAGUCUCGCCUCAUUUUGUGAAUGAGGAAGCUGAGGCCCAGAGAGGUUAAAUGAUUUAUCCAAAAUCAAAUGGCCGGGCAAUGGCAGAACCAGAACUGAGGUUCAUACAGCUCUGUUCUAGCACAGUGUUCUCUCUGGGUCUAUGCUACCUGGCUAAUUAAGACAGCAGUAGAAAGCAAUGGAUAAUAAGGUGUGAAAUUGUAUCUCACAGGCUGUGUUCGUGCAGCCUGGUUGAGUGAGGGCAGAGCAAAUUGGGGAUGAAAGGGUCUGGGAAGGCUUUGAGGGGAGAUGGCAUUUGAACUCGAUCUUGAAGGUCAGGCAAGACAUGGUGAGAAAGAAGCUCAGAGCCAGCAGAACGGCUGGGGGAGGACCCCAAGGCUGGAAGGAACCUGGUGGCAGAGGGAGGAUGGCCGCUAAGGAGGAAAGGAUUGCAAGGGAAGCCGGGAGAGGUCAGCCAGGAAACUUUUUGGAAGGCUCUGAAUCCCAGGCUAGACUCAGUCCCGCCUGCGGCUCUGGCAGUGGGGAACUACUGGAAAAUUUUGAGUAAGGUAACAUUGCUGAGAGCUUGGUUUUGAGGAGAAACAGAUGAAGUGCAAGGGAGAGGGCAGCCAGGAACUGUAGCACUCUUUUAGGUGUGAGGCAGCCCCAGGGUGGAUUCUGUGGGGAGGGUUCAUAUUCAAGGGUAUGGCGGGGGGGCGCAGCUGGAAGAGCAGGUAAGAGGGCUCCAUUGCAGGGGCGUCAGUGUGUCAGGAUGGUGGAGAAGGCUGGGCUGAUGAGCACCCUCAGCCCUUGGGAAGGCAAGAGAGUUAGGAAAGGGAGGUGAGACGCCAUGACAGCUGGGAGCAGUGUGUUUUGCAGGGCUGAGCAGGGAGAGGGUACGGUUCUCCAGGCUGGGCGGCUGGUUUGUGGUUGCCGUGGUGGAGAGGUCAACCCAGCCAAGCCCCUUGCUCUCUCCCAGAGCUCCCCACAACACCAGCCUCCCCUCCCCUCCCCCUCCCAGGACGUAGUGGAUUUUCUUCGACGGCUUGUGGAGAAUGAUCCCCAGGGCCUGCACCGGAUCCAUGUGGAUAGGAGCAGCGGGCGGCUGCAGCUGUGGCACCAUGAUCGCCUCCUGGACCCCCUCUGUAAUGAGGAGCAAACAACGGAACAGAAUGACAAGGACAAGGAAGCUGAGAGACUGGGUACCUACUGUGGUCUCCGAAAGUCCUUCCUAUACCCUCCACGAGCGUCUAAGCCCUGCCCUCAAAGCCCGCCUGCUCCAGACAACCUGCUGCAGGUGGCCAUGCCUCAGAGGCUCCUGCUGACUGAAGAGGAAGCCAACCGCCUGGCUGAAGAGCUGGUGGCUGAGGAGGAGCGCAUGAAACAGAAAGCAGAGAAGAAACGACUCAAGAAGAAGCGUCAAAAGGAUCGGAAGCGAAGGGAGCGCUUGGAGCAGCACAGCGGGGAGCCCAACUCCAGUGUCUGCACACAGGCCGAGACCAGCCCAACUGGGGAUGGGAGUCCCCCAUCCAGCUCCGGGAACCCAGCUCAGGGACAGUGCGAUGAGGAAGAGGACUCAUUGGAUCUAUCUAGCACCUUUGUGUCUCUGGCUCUGCGCAAGGUUGGGGAUUGGCCCCCCAGUGCCCUCAGAGAAAAGGGACUAAGCCAGGAUCCCCAAGGCAGGAGCCAGACUCCCCAAGAGAAGAGCCAGGAGGAAGAAAGCACUCCAGGAGAAGAGAGCCCCAGACAGAGUCCUAAGGCCGAGGCAUCUCCAGGACUGCUGGCGGCUGCCUUACAACGGAGCCAGGAGCUGGCAGAGUUGGGUACCAGCCUUGCCGAAAAUGGUUUCUACCACAAGGCUGUGGUCCUCUUCACUCAGGCCUUGAAGCUCAACCCCCGGGACCACCGGUUAUUUGGAAAUCGCUCAUUCUGCCAUGAACGGCUGGGUCAGCCAGUGCGUGCCCUAGCUGAUGCCCAGGUAGCCCUCACUUUGCGGCCCGGCUGGCCCCGGGGCCUCUUCCGCCUGGGCAAGGCCUUGAUGGGACUGCAGCGUUUCGAAGAGGCAGCUGCUGUGUUCCAGGAGACUCUGAGAGGCGGGUCCCAACCUGACGCAGCCCGGGAGCUCCACUCCUGCCUCAUGCAGCUGGCUCUGCAGGACCAGCGAGGAGGGAUCCCUGGGCCGCCUCCAUCGACUAGGUUCCCCCAUCCAUUUCCCCACGCUGAGCUGGGGCCUUCAGGCCUCCUCUCCCCCCAUGGCCCUGGAAGCCCUGCCCAAACUGUCCCUGGCCUCCUGUCUCCACCCUUGCGUUAUCCACCACAUCACCCGAGCCCUGCCAGCUGGCCCCUCCCCCAGACUCAGAGCAGAAGACCCUGCCCUCCCCAUCUCCAGGACUCCUCAAAGAGCCAGGGCAUCCUGGGACCUGGGCCCCAACGUCUACCUCACACCAGAUGAACGGGAACCUGUCCCUACUAAGGCAAAGCCAUGUGUAUAUCCCUCGGGGAUGAAAGAUGCUGUGGGGGGGCGGCUCACUGCACACUGAGACCUAUACUCUCAAACCACGGCUAGGAGCAUCCCUGGCAGGCAUGCCUCUUGCCACAGAGACCUUCUGAUGAGGGACAGGAGACCCACAUCCACUGAAAUAGCCUUUCUUAUGGUUCUUAAGCAGGUGGCUUCUGCUGGAAGCAGGAGGGAAAAAUAAAAUCCCCCAAGGCUCCAGAAGGGAUCUGUAUAAACGUUUAGGUUUUCAGACUUUUAACAGACCCGGCAGUAGGGGCAUUUGAGGCUUGUUCUGCUUCUUGGCCCUGGGGAACUCACUCCCCAGCCAGAGCUCCGUGCUCGGGAACGGGGUCCCUGAGAUGAACAAGGCCCAGGUCUCUUCAGCUUGGCAGAUGCUCGCUUCUCCCUAAUCCCAGUUCUUGCCCCAUCUUCUCUAGCCUCGGUUCAUGCCCUGUUUCCUGUUCACACUUCUGUGCAUAUCCUGCCCUCUCCUUUGCCCAGUGGUCUGACGCUCACCUCCUCCCACUGCUAGAAGAUUCACCAAGGGCUGGCACUUGGGAGGUCCCUUCUGACUCCCUGUAUAAGAAUCCUGAUCUCCUUCUGGUUUCUCCUCUAAGAUCCUGGCAACUGCCAUGGCUGGUUCCUCCCUAGCUCUCCCUGGCACUCUCAGCUUAUUUAACAUGGAUCUGUAGGGGACUUUGAGGCCUCCCAGCAUGCCUUUCCGAGAAGAACCACUCAUCAGGUUAAAUGAGUCUUGCUGCCCUAUGGGUCUUACUCAAUACCACAUGCACCUAGACGCAGGAGGUGCUGAAACACCUCCCCUUUUUUUUAAGGCUUUCCCAAAUUCUUUUUAUUGUUUAUGGCUGCAGGCCCCUUAAACACUGUGUAACAGAAUGAAGCCUGCCAUUGCUAGUUGGGUCACCUUGGGCGGGUUUCUCAGCACCUGAGCUCCAGAUCCCUCAUCUGUAAAAUGCGGGCAUCCCUCCUUCACAGGGCUGUUGUGAGAACUGCAUGUGUGAGAAGGGCGAUCAGGUGCCCCUCCCUCUCCUCUCUCAGCAGGACCCCCCCAGGAGGAAGACCCUGGUACACAGUGGGUGUUAAAUAAACCAAUCUUUAUCUGCA